GCGCCGACUGGUUGUCUCGCGCCUUGAGCAGUUCGGUUGCUUUAAUCGGUAAACGAAUGUCGAAUUCAAGUCGGCUUUUAAUUUGACGGUCUACGCGAGCAAAGGAAUAUCAAUAUCGAAGGAAUUAUCGCGGAUCGGGAUCUUGUGUUUAUUUGAAUUGGCCUAAUUUUUUGGAUGGCCGGAACAAAUCUUAAAAGGGAAUACGGACCUUGGCAGCUUUUUGAGCUUAACGUCUAAAGGCAGUUAACGGACAAAAACUAAAGCUUUCUUGGGGAGGACCUGGCCAUAUCGCUCAAAUGCCUUAUUUGUAUGACGCAUCGUCGCCUGCCGUAGGAGACCCCGACUAAAACUUAAUUUGGAUCUUAAGUACCGAUCUCGUGCUGUCUUGUAAAUAAAUGUCACAAAUCGAAAAUUCUAGUCCCUGACCGCUUGUUGUCACCGCCCCGAAAUCAGCUGUCAACCUGUGCGGUCGGUGUUAAAAAACGAUCCCAACUCGACCUCUUCAUCUUACCUGUCGCUAAGUAAAGUGUUUGAGUGAGUGUCUCGUACAUGCUCAUGUGUGACCCUAAGUUUCUUAAACUACCUUGCUGCUGAAGCGGAAAUAAAUAAAAAGGCGUCAGUAAAUUAAAUUAUUUAGAAAUAUGAGGUGCCAAUCUGCAAAACAACGAUGAAGUGAUGCUUGCCUGCCAAGUAAUAGGUAGAUCUAGUUAUAUUUACACAUAUACUCGGCAGCUUAAAUCGGGACAAUCCCGUCAAGUGUCAAGUAUCAUUUGCAUAUCAAGGCCGGGGCCAAAGGAUUAGCCAGGAUAAACGUAACACCACAGACUAGGCCUGCACAACGUACCGCACAGCCUAAACAAUCAUACCACUCUCGACGGGUAUCAUCCUUGGAAAUAGACCUCGAGUCAUUCCAAAAGACGCACAUGGGCGUCUGCACCGAGGAGCGCCCUGUGAUGCAUUGGCAGAGCGCAAGAUUUCUUGGGCCCGGCGCAAGGGAUAAAAGUCCAACACCACCUGUAGCACAUCAAGGGAGCAAUCAUUGUGGCAGUGCUGCAGGUGCAGAUAACAAUCACCCAUUGUUCCGCGCAUGCACCUUAUCCUCGUGUCCAGAUGUUUGUGAUCAUAGUACAAAGCCAUUUGGCAAUGCUUACGGCUCGGAGUCAUUUAAAAGCUAUGAAAUAGCGGAACGCGCUACCUUUGAGGACUCCGCGGCCAAAUUCUCGAUCAGCCGCAGUCGUACAGAUUGCACGGAGGUGUGCGACGAAACGGCUUCGGGUAUAACAUUCAAAACUGAACCCUUCGGACCGCCCAGCAGUCCCGAAUCUACCAACGAUAGCAAAAUUGCGCGCUAUCUUGAUGACUGCUCUGGCUGUGGGCGACAAAUACAGGAUCGAUUCUACCUCUCCGCUGUGGAAAAACGAUGGCACGCCAGCUGCUUACAGUGCUAUGCUUGCCGGCAGCCGUUGGAACGGGAGUCCUCAUGCUACUCACGAGAUGGCAACAUUUAUUGCAAAAGCGAUUAUUAUAGUUUUUUUGGUACUCGCCGCUGCUCGCGCUGCCUGGCUUCCAUUAGCUCCAAUGAGUUAGUGAUGCGCGCCCGGAACCUUGUAUUUCAUAUUAACUGCUUUUGCUGCACAAUCUGUCACACGCCACUGACAAAGGGAGAUCAAUAUGGUAUAAUCGAUGCGCUAAUAUACUGCAGGAUUCACUACAACAUAGCGAGGGAAGGUGACGCCGCCUCGUCCAGCAUGAGCGCCACCCACCCGUACAGCGCCCAGUACGGCUCGCCACACAACGACUCCUCGAGCCCGCACUCGGACCCUAGUCGGAGUAUUGUUCCUACGGGCAUCUUUGUGCCCGCGACCCACGUCAUCACCGGACUACCACAGCCGGCUCGUCAAAAAGGCAGGCCGCGCAAGCGCAAGCCCAAGGACAUUGAGGCGUUCACCGCAAACAUAGAUCUCAACACUGAGUACGUAGACUUUGGUCGGGGCUCGCACUUAAGCUCUUCGUCGCGCACCAAACGAAUGCGGACCUCGUUCAAACAUCACCAGUUACGUACCAUGAAGUCCUACUUCGCCAUUAAUCACAAUCCCGACGCCAAGGAUCUGAAGCAAUUGUCGCAGAAAACCGGUUUACCAAAGAGAGUCCUACAGGUCUGGUUUCAAAAUGCCAGGGCCAAAUGGCGCCGCAUGAUGAUGAAGCAGGAUGGCAGUGGGAUGUUGGAAAAGGGAGAGGGCUCUUUAGACCUUGACAGCAUCUCAGUGCACAGUCCUAGUUCGUUCAUAUUAGGCGGCCCUAACAGCACCCCGCCACUUAACAUGGACUAA